AUGUCGAAACGAAAGUCGGAAGAACCCUUGGAGGGUAUCCUUACCAAUGCAUCCCCAGCAAGCAAGAAAGUGCGCAUCGAAGAUGUUCUUGAGGAAGAAACCCCCGUGCAUGCUAGUCUCCAUACUCCCCAAAGCCCAACUGUCCAGCCCACAAACGGCGCGAGUGUCUCCCAGAGUAUGAUGGAGGAGCAGGAAGAGGAGGAAGAAGUCGAAUCAGACGUUGAAGACGACCGGCUACCAGCUGCACCACUGCGACAAAAUGCGCCCACAGAAGGCUACGAUGAUCUUUAUCUAGACACCAUCAAUCGAUCCUUGCUGGAUUUCGACUUCGAGAAACUCUGUUCCGUUACCCUCUCCAACAUUAACGUCUAUGCUUGUCUGGUCUGUGGGAAAUACUUCCAAGGACGAGGCCCAAAGUCUCACGCAUACCUCCACGCCCUCGAAGUUGAUCAUCAUGUCUUCAUCAACAUGGAGACCAAGAGAGUCUAUGUCCUACCCGAGGGUUAUGAGGUGCACAACAAGAGUCUGGACGAUAUCAAGUAUGUGGUGGAUCCAAAAUACACGGAAGAGGAGGUCAGACUGCUAGACAAGGAUCCGAAGGAGUCGACAGACCUUGCCCACAAGCGAUACAGGCCCGGGUUCAUGGGCAUGAACAACAUUAAAGCCAACGACUACCUCAAUGUGGUUGUGCAAGCAUUGGCGCAUAUUUCGCCAUUGAGAGAUUUCUUCCUUCUACAUGGCUUUCCUCACACGGCGUCGCAGUUGCCGGUGCGCUUCAGCACGCUGGUUCGCAAACUGUGGAACCCCAGAGCGUUCCGAUCUCACGUCUCGCCGCAUGAACUGUUGCAAGAGAUUGCCCUGCGUUCGUCCAAGAGAUUUACUUUGACACAACAAUCGGAUCCUGUGGACUUGCUCGCCUGGCUCCUCAACAACCUUCACAGCACGUUAGGAGGUUCACGCAAGGCGCUCUCGUCGCCCAUAUACAAGUGUUUCCAGGGGAAAUUGCGGGUUGAAUCACAAGAGAUCACGGCAAAAUCUGAUGCGACGGGUGAUCGACUCAGGUUCGAGGAGUCAUCCAACAUCAAGACGGACAUGCACCCGUUCCUCAUUUUGACGCUGGAUCUCCCUCCAGUGCCUCUCUUUCGAGAUGCGGUUGAAUCCAAGAAUAUUAUCCCUCAAGUUCCACUUAUCAACCUAUUACAAAAGUACAACGGGCUGAAUGCUAUGGAGAGAGCGGCUCAUCGACUCCGACAUCGACUCCUACACCCGCUCCCGCCCUACCUUUUAUUUCAUAUCAAACGCUUCAGUCACAACAAAUUCGUUUCCGAGAGGAAUCCAACCAUUGUGACAUUUCCUUCUCCUCGAGGAUUGGAUAUGUCACCCUACGUCGAACCUAAUCCGGCAAUCCACCCACCCGGGGAGCCAAUCCUUUACGACAUGGUUGCCAACAUUAUUUUGGAUACAACCUCAAUUUCUAGUGCUGGCGGCGAGGACACUAAUGCCGCCGACGCCGCGAACAAAGCCGUUGGUGCGGAGGGCCAGAAAGUGGCUUGGAAGGUGCAACUCCGAGACAAGGCUGUUGCGUAUGCCCAGCGCACUGAUCUUCCGGAGUGGCUGGAGAUACAAGACCUCUGGGUCGAACGAGCAGAAUCCGAGACGCUUUUCACCAGGGAGGGCUAUCUUAUGGUGUGGGAGCGGCGAAGAGAAAAGAAAAAGGCCAAGCAGACCAACGGAGUAAGAACAGCGCAAGGCUGA